CGAAAGCCAUUUUAUUUUUAUUGAUUUAUUUUUGAAUACUCACGGCUUCCGAACCCUCAAUUGUGAGCUUCCUUCUAGUCCUCCACGCUGGACUGCAACACAAGAUGAAGCAUAUACGUGGAUUCAUCUCAACAACACAAGCGUUGCGCCGUAUCUUUCUCGCACCUAUUGAAACUCCUAGACCCCAAUUUCUCCGUCCCGCUUUCCUUCCAACCUUCACCCAAUCCCGCCUUCUUUCCAUCCGCCGCAAGCCUCAACAGCAAGAUGGUCAGCUCCAGGCAAGGGCAAGGCAGGUGAAAGAUGAAGAAAUCCGAUCAGAAUAUAUCCAACUCGUGAAUGAAGAUGGUAAACUGGAUCCACCAGUUAGGCUUCAUGAUGCUUUGCUGAAGAUAGAGCGCCCGGACAACUUCAUAUUACAAGUCUCCCCUGGCUUUCGCGGCCGGGCACCCGUUUGCAAAGUCGUGAAUCGACUUGAGAUGCGGGAACAAGAACGUGCGAAAGCAAAGGCUGCACACGUCAACAAGAAUUCGAUUAAGCAGAUCGAGCUGAACUGGGCUAUCGACGCCCAUGAUCUCUCCCACCGCCUGAAGCAAUUGACAAGCUUCCUCGACAAGGGCAGGAAAGUUGAGGUUAUAUUGACUAAAAAGAGAGGCAAGAGGUCACCCACUGUGGAGGAAGUCAAGCAUGUGAUGGAUAGUGUGUUGCAGGCUACUAAGGAUGCCAAUGCCAUGCAAGUGAAACCGAUGGAGGGAGAACCUGGCAAACAUGUGGUACUUGUUGUGAAGAGAAAGGAUUUGGGUCAAUGAUGUCCUUAUGUGACCUUUGAUUGGUGUAUAUUAUGUAUACAACGUGGCAGAGCACUCUGUAGAUAUAAUGGAUGUUCUCUCCGGAGCAGUUCCCGGCGCCACGAUGAUGUAUUACAUUGACCGCAACACCAAUUUUGUUAGACGAAUAAAACUAGACCCAGUAUCCGUUACCAGUCAUGGUUCUAGAACAAACCCUCGAGAGUAUAUUAUACCCAGAACCAGUAAGCAACACAAUUAUAGUUCUCCUAGAUAACUACAAACAUAA